AUGGGUGUGCCGCUGCUGCUCACUUGGCUCAAGCGGCGCUUUGCCUCAUGCUUCUUGCCCAGCAGCUGCAGCCCCGCCGCUGAUUGCCUGUACAUUGAUGUCAACGGGCUGGUCUACCAGGCCGCCGCGCUCGCAACGGCAGUUGAGGUCGCUGCUGGUGACGUUGACGCGGCCAUUCUGCGGCGUCUCUUCGAUCUUCUGGACGACGUGGUGAUGCGCCUCGUCCGCCCGCGGUCGCUGGUGUAUUUGGCUGUCGACGGCAUCUCGCCCAUGGGGAAGCUGGCGCAGCAGCGUUCCCGUAGGCGGCGCCGCGGCGGUGGUACACGCGGCCGCAGCGCUGUGGAGUGGGACAGCAACAGCAUCAGUGUUGGGACGCCCUUCAUGUCUCGGCUAACGGACGCGUUGCAUUAUUACUGCGCCAGCCGGGCUGAGCGCAUCAAUGGUGAGCGUCUACGUGAUCAGCAGCGGCGCGCCACCUGCAACAGCCCCGUUGAGGAUGAUAAGAAGGCGGAAGUGGCCGUUGCUUCUCCUAUUGUGUUUGUUGUUGACGAUGUGUGGCGCCCUGGCGAGGGCGAAAACAAAAUUGCGGAUGCCAUUCGCCGCUUCCGCUCGCAGCCCAACUAUGACCCCAACACAUCCCAUGUCAUAUGCAGUUCCGAUACGGACGUGACAGUGUGCUCGCUGAUCCUCCACGAGCCCCGCAUUCACGUUCUCCGCUAUGAGUACCCCGCGAGCAGCACGUCGCGUGCUGAGGGGGGCAGCUGGCGAAAUCAGGUGGGCGACGGAUGGGCCUCCACAUUUUUCAGUAUCCACGCCUUCCGCGAGGAGUUGCGGGAAAAACUGCGGCUGCAGCAUAGAAGUGCAGACUCUGCGGAUGAAGUGGAGAGACGGAGCCGGCAGUUUGAGCGCACACUACAUGAUGUGGUAUUUGUGUUGUUGUUAUUCGGUAAUGACUUCCUUCCAUCGGUGGGUUGCCGUAUUGAAGAAGGAUUCCUUGAUGAUCUCUUGGAGCUCCUCGCCACGGAUUUCAUCUCGCGUGACCGCUCUAUCAUUGACCCUGCCACAAACACAAUUCAGUUUGACGCUGCGCGGUACGCGUUGGAUUGUCUCGCCGAGAUGCGAAACGAGCGUGACGGUGGCGACCUGUUUGUGAACAACGGCACUGGUGGUGGUGCCGACUGGGGUUUUGAAGAUGACGCAUUCCUCCAGCGGAAGCAGGCGGAAGAGGAGGCGCAGGCACCGCGGUGCUACGCGUACUGGACUAUGUUACAGUGGUCACUGCAGAACAGUGCGGGCGUGGUGGAGCACUGGGGAUGCUACUACCCGUAUAGCAGUGCACCACCGCUGCACCUGCUGCGGAAGUACUGCGGCGUGCUCUCCUAUGAUGCGCUGAUGCAGCUGGCGGAAAGGCAAAGCCACACGAGGGGUGGCCACGGUGCCCCGGCGCCUUCCACUGAGGCGCAGAAUAGCAGCGUCUCCAGGGUGCGUGGUUCUGGACCAACCGAUGUGCUUGUGCAGCUCCUCGUCCUGCUCCCGGCACGAAGUACCGCACUCUUACCCUCAGCUGUUCGAAACGCGUACCACGAGAUUGAGCCGUUGGUGCUCGUGCCGGUGGAGCGUCUUGACUUCGCUGCUAUUGAGGCAUGGUGUGCGGAGAAGCGACGUCUCUUCACGGAGGAGGAGCGGACACGAUUCCACGCCUACGCACUGGCCGCCGGAUCCCGCGUGCUUGCGAGCGGAGCGCUGGGUGAACCGAUUAAAGGCAGUGAGAUGAUUUUUGUCGCCGAUUGGGAUGCUAAGGAACUUGCUAAAGAGUUGCAGCUCGCCGAGAAGGCGGUUCCUGUGGAGAAAACGACAAGCAGCACGAGCAACAGUACUCCCACGCUUACAUCGAGUUCAACAGGCUCCCUUGCUGCCUCUUUUUUCAGUUCGCGUCCAGUGCGUAAGGCUGCUGCUUCGGCAGCGGCAAUAGCGCUGCUCUCCACACCAAAGGACAACGGCGCCCCGGUCCACAGCAGCAGUGCCAACAACGACGAAAACAAGAACAAGGUGGAGGUACCUGUGGUCGUUUCUCAGGAAGAGGCGCGUCAUUUGGAGGAAGUUGAGCUAUUGCAGGGCAGCAGCUUCAGUUUCCUUGCCGCACCCACCGAAGUGCUAGGCGACGUGUCAAUAGUGAAGGGUGUUGGUGCCAUUGUUGGAGAUACCUUCGUCUGUGGCCAGCACAGCUGCGGGCCUUUGUCGCGGCAUCCCCAGACAAUGCGCGUGCGCCUGCGGUGGCGAAUUGCGUCGAAGCCGUUGCUAGACUCGGUGAGAUUUGCGCCUGAUCUCCUUCCAGGGUACCACGCACCAUCACCGCCGCCUCCGCUACCGUCGCGUGAUGACACCGGUCGAGCCGGCGUGAAGCGCACGGCGGCGAUGGCGGACUGCUUGGUCGAUGGCGAUGGUGAUGAUGACCUGCCGGAAAACCGCACUGUCGCGUCGGAGCUGGAGCGGAAGAAGGAGGCUGUGCGGCGCCGGAUAGAGGCACUGCAGGCCCGAGCAGCAGGAGGGACCGCGUAG